ACACAUAAUAUAGAGAUAGAUAAUAAGAUGUCACAAUUGAAGACACUAGCAUUGGUAACAGGAGCAUCAAAGGGAUUUGGUGUUGCAAUUUGUCAGGAGCUUGCCAAGCGCAUUCCUUCCAUUGACUUUGUAUUGUACGCUAGAUCAAGAGAGGGAUUGCAAUCGACUGAGACCAUCAUCAAGCAGAUCAGAGCCGACUCCAAAGUCAGCUUGGUCACAUGUGACUUUGGUGACAUCUCAACUCUCGAGCAAUCAUUCAAGCAAUCGAUAGAUCAGACAACAACAUCAGGAUACCAGAGAUACCUUUUGAUCAACAAUCAUGGUUCACUUGGUUCGAUUGAGUUCACUGAGAAGUAUGUUGUUGGAUUGCCAUCCCUGCUUGUUGAGCGAGAUACUAACAAGACUACCAAUAUCCAGCUUCAAGGACUUCCAAUCAAUCGCCAAUUGUUACAGAAAUCAACAAACAACAUCAAGGCAUUCAGUUGGUCACCAGGUCCCAUGGACACUGACAUGCAGGUCACCAUUAGAACACAAUCAGUGGAUGAGGAGUCCAAGAAGAUGUUCACCGACCUCUACACAAACAACCAAUUGGUUAACGUCAAUCAGUCAGCCGGUCUAAUGUUGGAUGUGAUGCUUGAGAACACCUACACCUCAGGUGUACAUCUGGCCUAUGGCGAAGUGUCCAAGGCCCGUGCUGCUGCCGCCGCCGCUGCUGCUGCCACAUCC